GCUCCAUCUCUGUUAGAUUCAACACACGGUAAGCCUUUCUCCACGAAUUCGCCUCUGCAACAGUAAUUUCUGGUUGUUUUGUUUUGUAAUUCCGAUAACUAUUGGUCUGUAGUUGGUGAAGAAUGGAAGAAGAGCCGUUGCCUAAACGUAUGUUCUGUACUGGGUUUGAGCCAUCUGGAAGGCAUAGGGUGAAUAACUACUUUAAUCUGCGGUGGAUUGAGAACAUAAAGCAGGCGCUUUCGGAUGCUGAUAAUGAGCGGUUGUGUAACUCGCAGUUUGGUUCUUUGAUGUUGAUGGGGAACCACACAUUCUCUGUAAUGUUUGUGCAUUACCUCCUUUCGAGGCAGUUGGUGACCAACAAGAAGUAUGAGUUGUGGUGGGUGUUUGCGGGUAAGCCAAUUAGAUAUGCCAUUGAGGAUUUUGCUCUUGUAACUGGUCUCAAUUGUGGGAAGACUGGAUUUAAGCCCGAUAGGGGCAGGGGAAUAGCUGUAAGGAGAGGAGCGCAUUUGAAGACUGCUUUGUGGAAAUCUCUAUUCGGCAAUCUUGCUAAGCCUACAACAACAUGGAUUCUGGAGAAGUUGCUUUUAGGGAAAAAAUACAAAGAUGAUGAGACACGUUUCAGACUUGCGUUGUUGCUUCUGGUGGAUGGCAUUCUUUGUCCUACUUGUGCAAAGACAAACGUCAGUCCAAAGCAUGUUGCAAUGGUAGGUGAUAUUGAAGUAUUUCUGAAGUAUCCGUGGGGGCGUGAAUCUUUUUUAAAGACUGUUGUGAGUGCAAAGGCGCGGACUGCUAGACAGUUAGUGAAUGAGACAUGUGCCAUUCAAGGUUUCUCUCAUGCUCUAGUGCUUGUAACUGUUGCGUGUUGUCCAAUGAUCAUCCGAAGCCCUUCUGUUGGGCUUAACAUUCAUGAUCCUGCAGUUCCAAUUAGAGACAUUGUUCAGAAUGUUAUUGAAAGGAGUUUAUGUAUCAAUGUCCACAAUGCCCGUAUGGUUGAUCAAACAGGCCAGGCCCGAGUUACAUCCAUUCUGAAUGAAGAAAACCAGGAGGAGGUGUUGGAUCUGUCCUUCUCUGAUGAAGAAGAUGAUGAAGAAGUAACACAUCUUGUUCAGUUGGUGCAUGAUGACCAUCCCUUUGAACAUAAUACUUGGACUGGUGGUAGGGAUGCUGCUGCGAUUGAAGCUGAGCCUAGUGAGCCUGUAAUGACAGAAGUCGAUGGAGAAGAUGUGUCUAGUGAGGACGAGGAAGACCCCAGGGCCACUGGAACUGCCCACAAUUCAAGUCAGUCUGCUGCUGAUGAUGGGAGGUAUGUAUCAGUACAGGCGCUUAUAAAAGAAACAGCAGAUGCGGUUGAAGAACGCUAUCUCAGGCUUCAUCAUAUUGACAAGAUGGAAAUGAAGGGGUACAUUGAUUCUGCAAUGUCAGAUUUAAAGAAAGACAUUGCUGUAUUGAUUGAAGCUUCUGGUUGUGAAUGCAAAAAGAGGAUGCCUACUGAAGAAACUGAACCUGAAGGAUUUGAGGUUCCUCAGACUGGAGCUGUUGGGGAUAAGGAACCCGGAUCUGCUGGUUCUUGUAAGAGUCGAAAGAAACCAUCGCAGUCUAGUGUUACCCGGAGUAAGAGUAAGACAAAUAAGAAGCCUAGGGUUGGAGGCUCAGUAACGCAACUUCCCAGACCUGAGAAGGAGCCCCGCAAGAAGGUUGUGGAGGAAGAAGCUGGGGACGCUGAGAUGUCUGGAUUAGAAGAAAUAGCUCCACCUACAUUCUCAGUUGGUCUAACCCAGCAAGCAGUGGGUGGACCUGUGUUGGCGGAAGAAAAUGAACCAGCUGCUGUGUAUUCUACGAAGAGUCCCGCUGAGUUAGAUGCACCUACUUUUUCUUUAGGAUUGACACAAGAAGGUGUUGCCAUGAGGACUAAUAAGUCAACAGGGAAGCGUAAGGCAGGAGUGGGGAACCCGCAACUUCCAAGCAGACAUAGCUUGCGUGUACGUGACAGCAUCACAAAGAUCUGUGUUGAUGCUACGCCUAUAGGGCAGGGAAGAAAUAAACGACACAGGUCUGGGAAGGAAGAUGAUUGUGUUGACGUUACCAGGACAAGAGAGAUACCUACAGCUAUGCUAUUUACAGGUGAUUUUGAUCCAUUUACUCCACCUAGUAAAGUGAAGGUGCAAGCUUUUCUUAAGCAGAUGGAAAGGUCAACCUCUUAUGCUGUAGCAGGGGGCAUGGUGGUGGAUAACAUAGAAUUUCUCCAAAUUUACGAAGCCACAGCUUUUCUUGAUGAGUCGAGUGCGGAUAUGUUGGUCAAGUUCAUCCAGUUACGUCGUGAUAGGACACCUAUGCUGCGUUUUGAUUUUCUACCAUCCACCUUUGUGUCUGAGCUGUACCGGCAGUACAAUCGCUUUGUGAGAUCGCCAGACAGGAAGAUGUUUUCCUUCUCCAAUGUAUCCAUUGCUCCCUUUAUUACAAGACCGAAAUGGAUGCAUGAGGUUGAUGUUGUCUACAUCCCCAUGCAAGUUGAGAGACAGCAUUGGAUCGGUUUGGUCAUUGACUUGAAGACGUGGAAGCUUCUUGUCCUUGAUUGUAACAGAGGACGCUUGAGUGACCAGCAAAUAAGUCAGUAUCUUGAACAUCUUUCAAUUAUGCUGCCUUAUCUCUUGGCCAGACAUGGAAUCAAUGAGGCUGCCCACAAUCCAAGGCUUGACCCUAUGUCUAUCUUAAGGCCUACCAUACCGUUCCACUGUUCUGCUUUGGGUUUGGUUGGGAUUGCAUCGAUUGUUCUUCUUGAGCUGCACGCAGUGUCAUCACUGCAAACAUAUUACAGGGAACUUGACGAUGAAAAGAUCCAAAUUGCAGCAAAACAGUAUGCUAUUGAAGCAUUUGGUGCAUUUUCUCCAACUCCUAUUGCUCUGUAGACAUCUAUGUAGUAAAAUGGUGCAUUUUCUCCAACUCCUAUUGCUCUGUAGACUUCUAUGUAGUAAAAUGGUGGAAUUCUUUACUUUUUAUCUUGUACUCCUAGUAUCAAAUCUUUGGAUUGGAUGUUGUUUACUGUUUAAUUAUUGUAAACUUAUUUGGAUGAUUUGCUACUAUGUUAAAAAGUAUUUGAUGUUUCCUUGAGAAGUUGCUAUAUAGUUCUAGUAGUCUCUAUAAUAUUUAGAUUUAGGUUAAUUGUGGUUUGUUUUUGUUAUGUUCAGAAUUGAUAAUCAAACUUUUAGUCAACA